GUUUCGUCAAAAUCGGAGCGAGACCUCUGGCGUCGUCGCAUUGCCGAUUAAGGGGCCUAAGUUUAUACCAAAGUUUGUCCCUGGCUUAUGGUAAAUUUGCUCCCUAGCAAGGCACAUUUCAAGUUGCCAAAAAACAUGAAGGUUCAGCUAAGAUGACGAUUUUGCAUAUUAAUUUAAGAUUCGAAAGUCAGGCUAUUAAAAUUAAAAAUUGUCCAGUAUGUCUGCUCAAAUUCAUACAAAAAUAAUUACCCAUGAAAUACAAAUAAUAUCUAGCAGUUUAAUGUUAGGUACAUAUAAACAAAAACUUUUUUUUAAUCUUCAAUAGACAAAAGGUCCAUUAUACCUAGUGGAAAGCUAGCGACCGAGCCCGGGCCCCUGCGGGCCCCGGGCCUGGUAUUUGCUGCCACCAUAUACCACUGUUGGUACGGUACUGGUGCUGCUUAAACAAGUCGAAAGCAGUGAAAUUGUUGACGACUUGUUUGAAAUAAAAAUUAAAAAGUGCUCAAUUUGUGGCUCGUCACGAGGUCAUUGCCACAUGACUAAGUCGCAACACCGCUCCUUUCGCUAGCUCGUCGUGACGAAUCCUCCGGUUCGGAAAAGCCUGCAGAUUUGUCCCCCUUGUCGGCAACAUUUGGACCAAUUAAGCAAACUGAAGGAGGAAAUGGAGAAAUUGAGCGGGACGAUAGACGAGAUGGUGAAAUUAAUCAGGUUGAAGAUGAAAUAUCAAGACGGGCGCAAAACGGCGAGGAGGAGAAAGAGCGAUUCAGAUCCAUCAUACUUGAAUGACAAGAUGAGCUUAUUGUCCACACUUUCUGAAAAUCUUGCCAGUGACGACGACGUAAAACCAGUAAUUCUGAAUUAUGAAGAUGACCAGCUUGAUAGUUGCUUGAAUGAAGAGCGAAGACUUAUUGAAGAGGGAAUAAUACUGCAACCAGAUGAACGCCCAGAAAUCAAACGUAAACAACCUGGGCCCUGGAGAAAAACAAGGAAGAGGAAAGGAGACGAAAUUGUACCAGAAAAUGUAAAGAAAGGGAAAACAGGAAAAUGAUAGUAAAAUAAAGGACAGAGAUAUGACCAGCUUCUUAAAAAUCGAACGGAAGAAAGAAGAAGAAAAUAUCCAGAAAUGGGCUUUAUGCAUAUUUUCAGACAAUGAGGCUGCGUGGCGACAGUGUGACGAUGCAGAAAUGAUCCUUCCCGACGGCAAUGAUAACAAUAACGGCAGUAAUAAAUUUAUUACCGAGGCUGAAACCACGGAAGCUUUUUUGCCUUCAGAUUACUCGUCGGGGGUCGAGUUAACACCAAUUAUUCGACCUCUACCAACCCCACAUGUACAUUUAUUUAUUUCGGGAAAACCAUUCAUCCCAGGUUCAGAAGCCGUCUGCCCAAACUGUGGAACGCGAUCGAGGGAUUUGCAUUUCUGCGAGUACUGCAAAAUUCGAUUCUCGGAUGCCACAAAAAUUAUCAAGGUUGGAAAACAAGUGGAAAGAGCUGAACUGGGCGAGUUACUUGAUGGAAGUGGAAACGAGGACAGUAACGAUGGUCAAAAUCUAGGGUCGAGUCAAUCGGGUGAAGUCGAAAUUCAGCUUUCAUCCGAAAAAUUAGCACCUGCGAAACCGCCACCAUCUAAUUUUUCACCUGACACAAAAAUAACCCUUCAGUGUCGCACCGUCAACGUGGGGACUAAUCAAAUUCAGGCUGCCGGUUUGAAUGGAUUUCUUCUUGUGACCAUUUGCAAGGAGGGGGUCAAAUUCGCAAUGCCGCACACUCAAUUCGGUUCAUUUAUUUACACUCUCAAUAAUUUUUUGAAAAUAUUGUUACCGGCGGAGGUACUAUGCAAUUCUACAGCUCGGGUAAUAAUUUAUCACCGAAGGGUAGCAUAUAUAUAGAGGCUAAAUCCUGCGCAGCCCCUAAUAUCAACGCUCAGGUAAUAAAAAUAUUACCGAUUCCGGAGGCAAUUUCUUACACUCAGAAGACAAUUUGUUACUAUAUUGUGAUGUUACCACGCGGUAGGGUUGUACAGUAUCUCCGCGGUAACAAUUUUGUCACAAAAUUAUUGAGAGUGCACUUGAUUAUACAAUUUUUAAUGAACGUGCAUACUCACGGCAAUAUCUUGUUUCGCAUCGCAACUUUUUUUAGCAAACUUUCGAAGAUAAAAAAAAUCCUUUUUGUCGUGAGAUGAUUCGCGAUAUUUGACUUUGACAAAUAUCGCCAAUCUAUAAUUAGAAAUAGGUAUUUUAAUCUUGUUUCCAUCGAUUUCACUAAUUUUCUUUUGCUGGUGAGUUUUGUGAAGUAAGAACAAGCCCGAUCUGAGAUUGGGUAUCGGAGGUUUGCAAAAAAAACUCCCAAGGUAUUCCAGCAAAAGUUUUGCAAAUUUCUAACAAGUUAUGUUGCUAAGCUCAAUUUGCGAGAUAUGCGAAGGUUGACGUGAGUAUGCUCAAUAGCGAUUUAUUAUACACAUUUAUGUCAGCAUGCUAGAAGAUAACAGGUCGAAACUGUUAAUCUUAUCCACGAAGGAAGCCUGUAAAGUGUUGCAUACCGAUGAAUUCCAUUACCCAAUUUGAAAUUCAUCCUCGCGUGGUCUCCCUCAGCCUGCAGGCAAAAUCUUAUCUGGACAAGCUGAGAAUGUCGUUGGGAUUUAGUAGCAAUCCUGAAGACGCCAGCUACCACUAUCAUCCGCGCAGUAAAAAUCCCCAUCGGACGAAAAUUACCUUUAUUUCCAAAGAUAGCAUGAUGAACAGGAUGCCCAUGCUAAAGUUGCUCAUUCCCAGCCCAGCUUAUACACUUUAUGCACUUGAUAAAGUCCCGGGGAUCCAAUCUGAAAAGAUCAUCCGUUUAACUAGAAAGCGUUAAAAAACGGAAUUUAGCUCUUACAAAAUUCGAUCUGUGAUAAUUUCGUACUGUUUGAACACGUGUUUUGUUACCAACCUUGAAAAUUAGCAUGUUGAUAAACCUUGUAAAAAUAAUA